CGCUACAUGACGAAAUUACGUUGUAUUAUCUGUAGGUCAUGGACGAUGGCCGUUGUUUAUUGGAUGUUAUAAAUGAUCCCCAGGCCUUGGAUGACUUCCUGAAACAAAAUGAUGACGCUCUUAGUCAAGAGAUAGAUGCAGCUCACACAUUCAGCAGUGCUACUGUCACUACUCCAACUGCCACCUUCCAGCAGCAUAAUCAGAACAUUAUUCAAAUCCCACAGACUGGGGUUGGGACAGCCCAAGUUGUAACCGUGGCUCAGCCAGGUAUACAGCACCAACAACCAGCCAACCUACAGGGGAUUAUUCAGAACAGUAAUGUUAAUGGUGCUUUAGCUGCUGGUGUUGGACAGACAGUAAUUAAUAUUGGCAAUGUGCAGACACAUCCACAAAUAACAACACUGCAGAGUAGUGGCGGCAGUGGCAGCGGCAGUCCUCAGCCCCACUCGAUAAACACAACAGUUGCUAAUAACCUUCCAAGUCAAAAUAUUUACAUUCAUCAGAAUCCUAAUGUUGUAGCAAGCAAUGUAGGUCAACCACAGACCUUACAGACGAUUACAAUUGGAGGAAAAACGUACUUAAUUCAACAAGCCGUUGCUACUACCUCAGUACCAAAUGUGACAAUUCAAAAUGUGCGUCAGCAACAAGUGACUUCGAGUAAUAAUGUGGGACACCAAGUAGUUAAUGUUGGUGGAAUUGUGUCAAGGAAUGUGUUUCCUUUACAGACCUUGGCCACAUCACAAAAUGUUGGUCAGCUUGGCACAAAUACUGCAAUCAGAAAUGUAGGCGGACAUGCUAUUGCUGUACAAAACACUUCUACUCCAUCCCAGCUAACUACACAGGUCCAAAAUGUUGCCCAACAGAUUGUACAACAGGCUGCCCUCCAACAGAAACUGGUGCAACAACCAAGUGUUACGAACACUGUGCAAUCACCUGGUGGUCAACAGAUAACUGCAGCUCAGAUGCGAUUGCCUCUCGCUGGUCAGGUACAAAUCACAAAGACACCAACUCCUAUUCAGCCAAAACAGCUUGUCGCAAUCAGUCCCAAGACGCAUGUGAACAUUAGUCCUAAACCUGCUCAACUGAACAUAGCAUCAAAAGGUCCAAUGACAAUACAGCCAAGUACUGCUUUGGGAAGUCAGCAAAAUAAUCUACAAGUCAUUCAAAAUGCUGGCCUUGCAGCAGCACUUCGGUUGCAGAAUCAGGGUAGCCAAGAUAAAAAUUCUGUUCCUCAGCAGCAGCAGCAGCAGCAGCAGCAACAACAACAACAAAACAUUCUUCUUAACAGUCAGGGAGUUCAAAUGCAAAGCAUUGUGAGAACUAUAUCUGUUACAAAUGUGUUGCAAUCAACAAGAAAUGCAACUACAAAUGCUGGAGCCAACAGACAGCAGUUUCAAACUGCACCCACGGUUGUCACAACUGCAACAUUAUCAAAACCUGUUAUGCAUACCAGUCAGAAUAAUGGAGCGGUUAACCAACAAGCACUUACAGUUGCUCAGCAAAUCCAGAAUCAGGCACAACAACAAAAACUACAACAACAAAACUUACAGAAACCGUUACAGGGAUUGAAUGUUGCCCAGCUUCUUACGCAAUCAAAUAUUCAACCCAAACCCGUACAUGAAUUGCAGCAGCAGCAGCAGCAGCAGCAGCAGCAGCAGCAACAACAACAACAAACACAGACUAUGCAACAACAGGCACAAGUAGGAAAUGUGUCCUCUUCACAAUCUCCACAACCUCCUGUUGCUGUUGUUCAACCUCAGCCUCCAUUACAUCAAACAGGAACCUCAAGUAUUCAGCAGCAGCAGCAACAGUCUGGGCAAAUCCAGGUAAAUCCUAAUUUUCAACAGAUCAUUCAGAAAAGAGAACAGCAGCAGCAGCGUCUUUACCAGCAAGCUCUGAAAAUCCAAAAAGAAAAACAACAACAAGGACAAUUACAGUUCCAACCCCAGCAACAAGUCCAACAAAUUCAAAUGCAGAAUGUGCAAGCGUCAAACACUGCCGUAUCAAACGCUGUAACAUUACAAACUGUUGUUCCAAUGCAACAACCCCAGAAUCAAAGUACUGUGGUUAUGACACAGCCUAAUGUGCAAUUACAACAACAGCAGCAGCAGCAGUCCCAACCACCACAGCAAUUGCCUCAAAAGCUUCAAAUACCUUUACAACUCCAGCAGGAUCAGUUGCCGCAACCAAUACUUCAGCAACCCCAACAACCAGGAAAACCUGCUGUUUAUCAUCUAAGUUUGACUCCUCAACAGAGAGUUCAUGUACAAACUAAUAUCCAAAACCAAAUUAAACAACUUCUUAGUGUUCAGAACCCAACCCCACAACAAAAACAAGUACUGCAACAGUUGACAGUUCUGCAGCAGAGGAUAUCUGCUCAACUACAGAAACAGUCUGGUGCAACAGUCCAAACUACAAGCAGUGGAGGUGCUGUCAUAACGACGACAACGACAGCAGCAGCAGCACCGCCACAGCAGUCGCAACCUCAUUUAACAAAAUUGCUACAAACAACACAAGUUGGUGUAGCCCAGCCAGUGCCAACAAAGCAGUCUCCGCUUGUGAUUAGAACUGUUUCUCAUGCAACCCCAACAUCAACUAUUAACACUUCUCAGCCUGAGAAAUUACAAAUAAGCUUGUCGAGAGCUCCAGUAGGUACUCAAGCAGCUACUGUAGUCACGUCUACUGUUCAUGCAACACCAGUUACAACUUUACAAACUAACAAAACUGGCAGUCAGCAAAUAAUAACCCUGACACCUCAACAAAAACUUACAGUGAAGCAAAUCCAAGAACAGCUAAAAAAUAUGACUCCCGAAAAGCAACAGCAAUUCCUGAAACAUCCACAGGCUCUUUUACUAAUACAGGCUCAGAAUAACUUAGCAGGACAGCAAGCUAACACAGUAGUUACAACUCAGUCUGGUACAGCAGUUACAGUGGUGAGGCAACAGCCUACGUUGGCUGCAAAGAUCCCAAUUCAAAUAACACAAGUUGGUAAAGGAAUCAACCAGAUCAAAGCAUUAGCACCUGCUCUACUCACUCAAACAUUACAGAAGCAGCAACAGUUACAAAUUCGGGGAAUAAAAAGACCAGCAGAAACUCCAUUAAAAAGGGAAUCUUUAAUUUUGGAACAGCUUGCAGAGAACCAAAACUCGGUAUUACUUCCAGACUGUUCCACUUUUAAGUCCAGUAAGGAAGCUAUAGAGAGAUUAAUGAAGUAUCAUGUUACUAGUGACACUGGACCCACAAAACAAAAGAUAGCUAGAGCUGAUGAGAUAUUUGAGACUGUAUCAGAACAACUUCUCGACAAAAUGGAUAAAAUGCUUCGAAAGUACAGACUGUUGCUGUUUGAUGAAUCUCAGAGGGAACAACCGUCUGCAGAGAUGGUAAUGAUAGAAAGAAUGUUCAUUAACGAUGAAAAAUUGCUCCUACAACAAGAGAAGUUGACUGCAUUAGAAAAACAUGGUAUUGGCAAAUCUACUGUAACUCCAAUUUCAACUUUGUCAGCAACGACAGUAACUGUCACCACCACCACCACUACCACACCUAUAACAUUGGGGAUAGGAACUGCAACUACUGCAUAUCUGCAGGCAGCUAAACCAUUCACUGUGCAGUCUUCAAUAAUGCCACAAACUGUUGUAUCGUCCUUCUCCUCUCCAAUUACACUUGGUGCUGUAGUGACUCCAACCUCAGCUAGUGUACAAGUAGUGCAAUCUGUCAGUUCUGCCUUUGCUAUGUCGUCUGUACCAUCAACCGUCACAUCAAGUCCUUUGAUUUUACAGUCUUCUACAGCAUCAGUGAAGUCAACACCGGCAGUGCUUUCACCUGUUGUGUCGACGUUAGCAUUUCCAGCACACAUGUCUAUUUCAAACAUUCAAAAUCCAGUUUCAUCUGUGGCUACUUCGAACAAUUAUCAUCCAGUUUCAUCUGUGGCUUCUGCGAACAUUUCUACUGCUGUUGUGUCAUCAGUGUCACAGACUGUUUCAAGUGCAAUAAACAUGUUGUCAUCGCAGCUUAGUAGCAUUUCAAAUGUUGCAACAAGCAGUAACUCUUUGACACUAGAAAGUCCAGUCUCUACGGAAGUGGACCUUCAUCCUGUUCUCCAAAAUCCAAAAUCUCCACCGAAAGUAAAGCUUAAGCUGGAACCUGAUUCUUCUGAGUUGGAGGGGAUGAUAGCCAAUACGUUGUGCCCUCCAAGUUUUGAAAUGAUUGACAUUGAAGCUAUGUCUCCUGUGGAGACAGAUUUUGUUAAUGAUACAGAGGACCAAGUUGCUGAUAUGCUUAGUAGGAGUUUAGGAAAUGGUGCUUUGGAUAAUAAUAAAGAUUCAAGCAUUGUUGAUGACGUCUUUGACUUCGAUACUGAUAAGUUUGAUGAACCUCCACAGAUUACCUUUCCUAAGCCUUCAUUGUUGCCAACUUUCAAGCCAGAGGCAGAUAGUGAUGGUUAUUCUGACGGAAUUCUGACAAGUCCCGCCCCUGAACUGUUGAAUGAGCAAAUGCAAAGUGCAAUAAGUAGUAUCUUAGACUUACAAAGGCCACCCAGCCCUGAUUUUACACCCCAUAUGUUGUCAGUCACAUCUGCUGUAACUUCUGCUGAUGAUUCCAUGGAAGAGGUAGCAGCUGUUGAAAACUUGCUGCACGAGUCGGAUGACCAGAUUGAUGAUCCCUUUGGUAUGUCAAUGACUAGUGAUGUAAUGAACAACUAUGGCCAUGUAAUGCCGGACAAUUUUAUGGACGAUGAUGAUAAUAAUACGGGUAUUAAUAGAACAGAAGAAGAGCAGUCUGUGGAAAACUUGCUAGCUGAAAAUAUGCAAAGUGCUGAUCCCAUGCUUGAAGAAGCUGUCAAUAGUAUUCUGAUGUGAUUUACACUUUUACAUUGGUGUACACAACAACACUUUCUGUCAGUUAAGACAAUAUUAACACAAAUGUGCACAAAGCCAUAUUUGAAUAAUAUUUGUAUCUCAUUCCGCCUCCAAGCUUGAAUAUUUGAGGUCUAAAUUUGGUCUAAAAUAAAUGUAAAUUUCAAAAAUUACAUCAUUCAGGCCACAUUUUCAUUUGCUCUUUGAGUUGUACAAUUGCCAGAUAUCAAAAAUGUUGCAUUGCUUCUAACGAAAUAGAUAUAUUUUCACACUUGAUUUAUUUACUGGUGUUCUACCUUGAAACUCCACUUUCCCAAAAUUCAGCGGUGUCAACUUGGAUUUGGCUGCCUGAGUUGAUAACCAGAGUAUAAUUUAUAUUUGUGUGUAUGACUUAUUUUACACACCUAUUUUACACUGUUUUAAUUUUGACAGCUGCUUUUCUUUAUUUUUCUACUUUUGUACCUGUGUAAGCGUAACUGAUGCUGUGCAGACCACUUGAGUGUUGCAAGUAAGAGAAAAUGCUUCACCACCUCAUCAUUAAAAAAACAGGAAUCCACUGCAGUGCUUGUACUUCAGAAGCAAUUUGUCUUAAUUAACAAUGAGUUUGUCCUUGUGUACUUUGAUAUUUCCUGUACCAUAUUUGCUCUAUUAGAAGCACAUCUCCAAAUCUAAAGUGCAUGUAUUAUAUACUGGAUCAUUCAAACAUGACUUGCUAGGAGCAUAAACACCUGUCAUUUACAUGCACAUUACUAAUAAAGCAAAUAUGGUUUUAUUCUAUAAUGCAAUUUUAUCAAUUUUUGUUUGGAUUUGGCCUUUCAAUUGAGUCAGUGACAUACUUAUACAUAAUAGGGAGGCAAGUAGAUAGGGCUAGAACUCUGCGCUACUAAUUACUAUUUCGAUGCGACUCACUACAUGACCUGUCAACUCAGAAGUUCUACCACUUAUUGUUUUUUUAAAUCAACUCUGACAUUCCCAAAAACAAAAUACUGUUUUCAAUAAAUACUUUGUUGAAAAUACUGUUGCUUUAAAAUGCAGUUGGAUUCCUGUUGCUCACUAAUGAUAGUGUUUGGUGCGCAUGUUACCGUAAUUAUUCAGUGAAGCAUUUUCUAGAAAUGUUUCAAGUGGUUCCCCAGCUAUUUUUCUCGAAUACUGCCAGAAAGCUAUUGUCUAUUUCGCAUCAUUUGAAUAUUGUGCAUAACAAAAUAGGAUUCCAUUAGAGCUUCUCAUUCUCUGUGUGGGCUAUAAAAAAAAAGUUCAUAUUAGCAUAUUUGAAUCUACUACUAAAAACACUGUUCUGACAAUCAAGUUUGAAAGCUGUAGCACAUUCCGUAAUAUCUGUGGGACAGAUUGACCAAUAAUAACAACCUUGAAAGAACCGGCCUGCUAUGCCUUGAAAAGCCUUCCUGAUAGGCUGUUAAAGAUCAAGAGUAUACAGAAAACAGUUUGUAAAUUUUAAUUGCUUGACUAGCAUAGCCGACGGUUAACUAUGCCAAAGAAAACAAAUCAGUACGAUUUGUUCUGAAUUGUGAUGUUAGGACAACCAAGCUUGUAUAUAUUUCUUUGAUAUAAGUUUAUAUAUUUCCUGAAGGUGUGUAGUUUUGAUACUGUGAGUCCAAGUAAUGUAUUUGUAUUGUAACGCGAGAUAAUUAUUGUUCCAGAUUGUUUAUAUUCUAUUUAAACCUUUAAUACUUAAGAUAAAGAAUACAAUUAUUUCUCUUCCAGAAAUGAAAUGCCAACCCAAUGAUGUUUACGUAAAUGUGAGAAUAUUUUAAGUUUAUAUUUCUACGUCUUAACAGUGUGUGAAUUUCUCCUUGUACAGCAAUAUAUAUAUAUAUCACACUCCAGAACUUGCCACGUUUCUUUUUUUGUUUUUCAAAUAGUCAUUUUCUAAUUGUAAACAUGCUGAGGUUUGAAUUUGUUUCCGUUGAUUUUUGUCAGUCUAAUUUAUUUAUUUAUGAUCCCGCUGCUAUGUCUAGUCACUCAAAGCAAUGUCUUGCGUUUCAAGUGCUCCUUCUUUAUUUAUUUAUUGUUAUAAUCUUAAUUCUCUGUGUUUUUUGCUUGAAGCAGAGUGGCAGAGUGCUUGUUAUACAAGCUGUGUACUGCAUCGACCAACCUUCAUGUGAAACCUCCAACUUCAGCAUGCUUCAGUUAUGUAUGCCAUGGGUUUUUUUUUUUUUUGGCACACAAGUUAAUUUAUUACAAUUAAAUAAACCAUAAAUGUAAAAAGAUUUCACACUUUGAAUAUAAACCUGGAUA